AUGUCGAACCUCUUUUCAGGAAUAAACGCCCGCUUUCGCGGCGCAUCAGCACGAACAGCCAACACGGGCAACAAGAGCCCAACCUCGUCCACCUCCAGCCAACCCCUGACGCCUACCUCCGGCGUCCCGUCCUCCACCUCCGCUGGCGGCCUACCCACCAGUGGCAGCACCGGCAACCUCCUCCAGAGCCAGAACCAGUCGCAAAGCAACAACGGCAAUAUUGGCACUGCCACCUCUUCGUCGAACCUGUCCGGCAUCGGUGUCGGCGUCGGUGGUUCUGCAGGCGGUGAACUGCCGCCGCUCCCCGGAAGCCAGACUGCUUCGAGCCUGGCCAAGCUGCCACCGCUGCCCAAUUCGCCGUCCCUCGCACAGACCAUCGGCAUGGACGAGUCCGGCGGUCUGCGCCCCAUCCUUCCCACGGCGGAUGAGGUGCUCACCUCGUACCACCUGCCGCGGCCGCUGCCGCUGUGGCUCAACCCCUCGUACGCAAAGCACAUCGUCAAGGGCAACUUUAUGACCUUGAGUGCCCGGCCCAAGACAGUCGAGCAGGGCGAGUGGAUUGCACACCAGAUCGUCGAGCAUUACAGAAACCUGUGGAACUUUGUGCGGGUGCUGCACGAAAAGGAAGACGACGGCCAGUCCAUCUGCAACCCGACAACGUGCCCGCGCAUGUCCGCCGGCACAAACCACUCGUUUACCUGGCUCAACGCCCGGCGAGAGCCCGUCGAGCUGCCCGCCUACGAGUACAUGACGCUCAUGCAGCGCUGGAUCUCGGGCAAGAUUGACGACACCAAGAUCUUCCCCACCGAAGCCUCGGGCGUCUCGUUCGCCGUCAACCCGGCCCUGUCCACGGGCAGCGGCAACAACGGCACCCCGGCCCAGCUGUCCGGCCUUGUCUCGUCGUCGUCGAGCGGCGGUCUCGGUGGUCUCGGCGGUCUCGGCGGCGGCGACCCGCAGCGCGACUGGGUCGGCAAGCGCAGCGGGUUCCCCGAGAACUUUGUCGAUGUCUGCCAGACCAUUUUCCGGCAAAUGUUCCGUGUCUACGCGCACCUGUACUGGGCGCACUUUGUCGACCCCUUUUACCACCUCAACCUCGAGAAGCAGCUCAACAGUUGCUUCAGCCACUUUGUGCUGACGGCGACGGCGCUCGACAUGCUCAAGCCGCACGAGCUAGAGCCGAUGCAGCCGCUGAUCGACCUCUGGGCCGCCAACGGCACCUUCCCACAAGGCUCCAAGGCCUACGAGUUUGCCAACGUACAGGUCGGCGAACGGCUACUACAGCUGAGCGGUGUUGCCAUGUAA